AUGGCGGGCCUCCUUCAGGUCGCGACCGUCGGCAUGGCGGCCUCCGUCCCCGCCUCCCUUAACUCUCUCAGCAGCAGCGACCUUUCUGGCAGCCGCCUCGCUGCCGUCGCGCCUUCCCGCGCUCGCGUACAAUGCAACGUGACUUACGCGCCGCCGUCGACGGCGCGUCUGGAUCUGCUGCGCGAGGCGGAGGAGCGGUUCGCGCGCGUGGAGCGGCAGCCGACGGAGGGCGUGGCGUUCACGGCGCUCGAGUUCGAGGAGGCCCUCGAGAAGUACGACUUUAACUUCGACAUCGGCGACAAGGUGCGUGGAGUGGUGUUCAAGGCGGACAACGCGGGCGCGCUGAUCGACAUCGGCGCAAAGGCGCCCGCGCUGCUGCCACUGGCGGAGGCGUGCCUGUUCCGGUUGAAGAACAUGAGCGACACGGGGCUCGUGCCGGGCAUGGAGGCGGAGUUUGUCGUUAUUGAUGAGGACGACUCGCAGGGCCGCAUGAUCGUGAGCCUGAGGAAGCUACAGUACGACCUCGCCUGGGAGCGGUGCCGCCAGCUCGUGGCUGAUGACGUCACCGUCAGGGGCACUGUCAUCGCCGUGAACCGCGGCGGUCUGCUCGUCGAGGUCGAGGGGCUGCGAGGAUUUGUGCCGCUUUCGCAGAUCGGCCUGCGCGCGGCGAAGGAGGAUCUGGUGGGCACGCGCAUUCCGCUCAAGUUCCUCGAGGUCGACGAGGAGCGCACGCGUCUCGUGCUCUCCAACCGCCGCGCCGUCGCCGCCUCGCACGCGCAGUCGCUGCAGGUGGGCGACGUGGUGGUGGGGCGCGUGCAGUCGCUGAAGCCGUACGGCGCGUUCGUGGAGAUCGGCGGCGUGAACGGGCUGCUGCACAUCAGCCAGAUCUCCCACGACCGCGUCACCAACGUCGAAUCCGUGCUCGCCGAGGGCGACCAGCUCAAGGUGAUGGUGCUGAGCUUUGACAGCGAGCGCGGGCGGGUGAGUCUGUCGACCAAGAAGCUCGAGCCCACGCCCGGCGACAUGCUGCGCAACCCGCAGCUCGUCUUCGAUAAGGCGGAGGAGAUGGCAGCGACGUUCAAGGAGCGGGUGGCGGCAGCAGAGGCAGCUGCGCGGGCAGAGGAGGCGCGCCUGCAGCAGGAGGGCUUUGGAUUGGACUCCACACUGGGAGCAGGAGCAGGGCUGGACCCCGCCUUCCCCUCUCCCUUCUAA